AUGAGCGGAGUGCCGAGUGUUGGUUCCCCGGGUUGGACAGCGAGGGAUGCGAAGUGCGGGCGCGGCGUGAACCCUGACGCCAAGAAGAAGGUCGGCCGACAAUACGGCCUGCAGAUCUCUCCGUGCCUGCGCCCACGUGUGUGUGUUUGUUGGCUCUGUAGGCGGCGGCGAAGGCCACCCGUGGGAAGGCCAACGAGUCGGAGGUGAGUGUGCUGGAUAGAUACAUAGAUCUGACACGGACAGAUCUGACACAGACAGAUCUGACACAGACAGAUCUGACACAGACAGAUCUGAUACAGACAGAUCUGGACGGACGGACGGAUGGAUGGAUGGACAAACAAAUGCCUUUUCUGUCUGCUGCCUGUAUGUGCCUAUCUGCUCAGAGCGACGAAGACGAACUCAUCAUUUAUCCCACGGACUCCGACAACGAGGCCCUGGACGACGAAGAGGCGGAGGAAUACGACAAGGGCGGGAGGAAGGAGCUGGAGGAGCUCAGGGCCGCCCGAGCGCAGGCCGCCGCCGAACGUGCCGCCGAGAAGGCCCGCAAGGAGGAGACAGAGCGCCGCAAGGAAAGGCGCAAGGCCGCGAAGAAGCGCAAGGCCGAGGACGACGCCUGCCUCCGAGAGGAGCUGGACGGGUUCAUUAAGAAGCAGCAGCGGGCCCCCUCGUCCCGGAGUUUGCCUCCCAGGCGGUGCGCGACCACUACGCCCCGUUCAACAAGAAGACCCGCUGCUGAACUACGCACACACACAGACACAUGCAGCUAGAGCGGGCGAGCCGGGAGAGGGAGAGGGGAAUAGAAUAGGCAUGAGGGGAUAAGUAUGAUGGAUGGGAUGUGAUUUCUGAUGUGUACGGUGUAAUUUCGGCACUUGCAACCAACUCUAUACACACAUACACAUAAUAUACACACAUACUCAUGGAUGGAUGGAUUGAUGGAUGGACGAGCACACCGCCUACAUACACGACUGUCCACCCCUCUGCAACACAGCGCUGCUGCUAUGACAACUGACUGAUUUUUUCCCUCGUGUCGAGUUACCUAGCUGACCGGGGCCACCGAC